GCAAGUCAUAUAGGCAAAUUGCCAAACUUGUUAGAUGUGAUCCCAAGACAGUUGGAAAUAUGCUAAACAGACUUGAAAACCCAUCUCAAAUAUUACCAAAUCGUCGAGGAAGACCACCAAUCUUAAACGAAUUGGCACAAGAUCAUCUAUCACAACUUGUUUUAAGUAAUCACUGUAUAACUAAAAGACAAAUUCAAGCUGCAUUGGAACAGCAAGAAGGCAGAAUAAUUUCUCAAAGAACUAUUAGUUGUACUCUUCGCAAAGCUAACCUGGUCUCAUGUGUUGCCUGCAAUGUUCUCUGGUCAGAUAAAAAGUAUUUUACUUUAGUCCAUUCUAAUCCAUAUCAGCAUGUAUGGAGGAGGCCAUAUGAAGAAUUUAAUGAUGAUUGUCUUGUUCUAGCUAUCAAAUCUAAAGGGAUUAUGAUGUGCGGAUGUUUUUCUUGGUGGGGUCUCAGCCCUUUUAUCUGUCUUUACA